CUUCAAUCCACAGCCAUGACUUGAUUGUAGCACUGGCCAGCGGCCAUCGGCGGCCAUUCUUCACAACGUCAGCGCCAUGGCCAGAAUUGUGGGCCCUGGUCUGCCACGUGGCUGGGUUGCGCAGAGAGUGUCAGUGCCUCCUUCAACGUUAGGUCGUCGCGCAUUCGCUGGGAAGGAGGAGCAACUGUGGCUGAAAAGGUCGUUGUGCUUGGACCCAAUCUUGAGCCACAACUGUAGAUUCGUGUUUGGCAGUUCCUGCACACCUGAGAGUUCAGCAACUCAUGCCUCCUGUGUGAUUCAUCCAAGGAAAAAAGUGCCACCUGAGACGCCAGAAGAGGUCACAAAAAAGCUGAAAGAACAAAGAGACUAUUGGGACAAACAGGAACGUUCCAAGGUGAAGGUGAUCCUGUCUCAAUGGGGAGGACUUCUCUUCUUCGGCUUUUGGUGUGGCAUUGCAUGGCUGGGAAAGAAAUGGGGCGAGUACGAGAUGGCCAUAGUCGAAAGGGAGAUGGCCGAACCGCGGCGCUACCGAAGGAGGUCUGAGGAGUAGUACCUAUCGUCGGUCUGGCCGUGG